AUGCAGUUCAGCAACAGCCUCGCUCUCGGAGCGGUCCUAUGCGCUUCCGUCAUUAACGCACACAUGUCAAUGACAUGGCCACUUCCCUUCCGUUCUGCACUCAACCCCAACGCCGUCCAAUCUCAGAUCGACUACAGCAUCACAGCUCCACUCGCAGCCUCCGGUGCAAACUUCCCUUGCAAGUACAACGACAUGGGCACAGCUGGAGGAAAAUCUGUCGUCACUUGGUCCGCAGGUCAAACCGCAAACUGGACCGUCGGAACCGGUGCUAUUCACGGUGGAGGAUCUUGUCAAGUCGCACUCUCUUACGAUUCCGGAAAGACAUUCAAGGUCAUCCAUUCUUACAUCGGAAGCUGUCCUACCGCAGUAAGCUCAAGCGCCGACUUCACUGUUCCUGCCGACGCCCCAGCUGGAGAAGCAAUGUUCGCUUGGACUUGGCAAAACCAGAUCGGUAACCGCGAGUUCUACAUGUCCUGCGCUGCCGUCACCAUCGAAGGAACAAAGGCUCGUGCUGCUCCGGCUGUCGCCUUUUCUGCCCGUCCCGAUCUCUUCCUCGUCAACCUUGGCAAUGGAUGCACGUCUGUCGAAGGUAAGGCCGUCAACUACCCAAAUCCAGGCCCAGAUGCAGAUGUUACGCGCAAGACUUCAGACUCGGGUACCUUCACCGGAACUUGUGGUCCUGUCAAUGGUGUUGCCUCAUCUGGUUCCGAUGCAUCGGGCUCUACUUCAGGAAGCACCGGUGGUCAAAGCUCCAGUGCUCCAGCAGCUCCCGUAUCAUCUGCCCCAGCAGUUGGUGCGCCAUAUGCUCCAGUACCCGUUGCUUCCUCAAGCACAACUCCAGUUUCCAUCGUAAUCCUUCCAACCAUUGCAGCCUCAUCUACGCUCAGCUCGGCCACCAUCAUCGCAACAUCCGUACCAGCUUCACCAACAUCAGGCACCACCUCCCCCUCAUCCUCAGGAACAAGCUCCGGAGCCCUUCAGGCCUCGGUCGACGGUCUCUGCUCUGCAGGAAAAACAUGCACCGGCUCCGGCUUUGGUCCAUGUUGCUCCAAGGACGGAUUCUGUGGAAUUGGUGAUGCUUGGUGUGGCACCGGUUGUCAACCCGGCUUCGGAUCUUGUGGAACUACUCUCAACUCCACUUCUACUGCCAAUCCCAUCAGAAAGAUCAGAGGAAGAAGUUGGAGACUUUGA